AUGGCUGAAGUUCCCGUCCAAACUCCAGUGGUCACCUUCCAACCGGAUGGUUCUAAAAUUCAUAAUGUUUCUGGUCACAAAUUCAAAGCAGUCCUUCUUCCUCAACCAUGCUUCUGUUCCCAGUGUCAUAAAUUCAUAUAUGGAAUUGGAAAACAGGGAUAUCAAUGUCAAUUAUGCGACAAAGUAGUUCACAAAAAGUGCCACGCAGACGUCGCAGCACUAUGCACUUGUGCUCCCCAGGUAACGUCUUCCGGAUCUCCAGAAUCCCCCCUACUGGAGGCUCAACCAAACAUCCAUAACUUCUCAGCGAGCUUCUAUACGCUCCCAACGUUCUGUGGACACUGUGGAUACUUACUGUACGGAUGUGUCAAACAGGGAGUCCGAUGUGCUGGUUGCCACGUGAAUGUCCAUCAUCGGUGUCAGGAGAAGGCGACACAGAAUUGCUCAUCAUAA